GCUGGUCAGAAGGACGGAAGAUUAUUGCAUUUCAAAGAGCAUGGACACGAACUCACCACGGCUGUCCCAGUUCACUCGCGCGGCGCUGGUGGGUUUCUUGGUCGUGGUGCCGGUCAUCCUGGUGCUGGUAGCGUCGUGGUCGGCUUUGCUUCCCUUGGCUAUGUUGUACCUACCACCAAGUCUGUUCGCCCUGGCCGUAGCUACCUCUCACCGCCGCCAGAAUACGCACAUCCGAGACAUCGACACCGACGCCCUGGUGCGUCUCUUCCUCGGAGGCUUCUUCCCAGGCGUGAUCCUUGCUAUGUUGGCCGAGACGGUGUUGACCGUCGCAGGACUCGGCGUCUUCCUCGCGCUAGACCACGGGGAUAUUCUCGGGCAAAUCCAGCAAUAUCGUGCGCAGCAUCCCCCUCCCGCCAACGCUACUUUGAAUGUGGGGGACGUUUUGUCGCAUAUUCGCAUUCGGCACUCGCUCAGCGUACUGCUCGGGAUGGCCUUCAUGGCGUUCGUAGUCGCCGGCGCGGUCGAAGAAUCCAUCAAGACUUGGCUCGUCCUGCGAGGACCUUGCUUCAUUCGCCCUUCGACGUGGUCCCAUGGCGCCACGUCAUCGACCUUGUCCGUCAAUCCCCCUACGGAUGCCGCCGCCGCUACGCCGCCAUUCCACUUCGUUCUGAGCUUUGCCGCUGUCGGGUGUGGGUUUGCAACCAUAGAGAACGUCUCGUACGCGUUUCUAACCCCCACGCUCGCGUUGCAAAUUUGGGCGGCUGCCGUCCGCGGCCUUUUGGCCACGCCGCUGCACAUGAUCUGUGCUACUCUCACUGGCAUGCAACUAGUAUUACUACCUCCGACGACUAGUACCUCCAAACUGUUCAGCAGACGCGUCGGCCGCGCCAUGCUGCCAGGCAUCGUCCUCCACGGCGCGUACGACCUCCAAUCGUUUUUGUUUACGUUUUGGCUCAAUGACGACGACAACAUCAUGUCGUUUGGAGCGUCGGCGCUGUGCUUGGUGGUCGGAGGUUUGUACUUGAACUACCUGCGCGGGCACAUUCACUGGACCGACAACUACCAUCCUGUAGGCCUCGUCGACGAUGACUCGGCUUCGAUGCUGGUCUAAGUGGUCGUGGGGAUGGUAGGGUAGGUAGAUUAAUAUCUUAACAAGCCUGAAAGGAUAUCUCGACUGGGAAAGAUGAAGACGCUCAUGCAGCAGGUUGCUUUGGGGGGCCACCGCGGCCACGGCCCCGUCCACGCCCGCCGCUGCUCUUGCCCUUUCGAUGCUUCUUGUCCUGGUCCGGUUUCUUCAAUGCUUGGACCUUUUUGAACAGUGGCGAUUUCUGCAGCAUGUCUGGCAAGAUGAACAGCUUCACUUGGCUCCCGCGGACGUAGACCUGUUCCAGGCGGCUGAUCUGACCGUCCCGACCCGUCAAUGUGACCUGUUUCAGCUGGCAGUUCAUACUGUCUUCGCUCUCAACCAAGUGGCCUCUGUAAAUUUCUCCGUUCUUGAGCUCCAAUGUGAUCGCAUGUCCCUCGCCUUCAUGCAGCAGGCUCAACGGCACUCCCAACGACUUGGACAUUUCUUCUUGCUGCUGUGUGGUGAGCAAAA